GGCCCAUGUUACUAUGUAGUACCUGCCUUUGCGUGCAGACGGUACAAGCGGACCCCGUCCUCCACGCUAGCUUCGCGUGCACAACAGCAUUGCCGUUGCACGAAACUUCUAGUGCGCGUCAUCACAAACGGCCCCCCUCGGCUGGACGCUCGAACACUUCCAGUAGUAGUUACAUAGCGACCAGAGUCACCAAAUCAAUUGCCCACACUCGAGACCUGCGGCCUAGGCUAGGUACUAGCAUUCCUGGCCGGGGAGCUAGCAGUGGUGGAUCCAUGGCCGUGGGCGCGGCGAGCAGGCGGUACAUCGGGCCCCUGCUGUGCAUCAACCUCGUCAUGCACGCCGCCGUCCUCGGCAUCGCCGGCUGGUCGCUCAACAAGUUCAUCGACCGCGAGACGCACCGCCAUCUAGGAGGUAACACGGCGACGGGGUAUCUGCUCGUCUUCUCGCUCAUGGCCGGGGUGGUCGGCGCCUGCUCGGUGCUCCCCGCCCUGCUCCACGUCAGGGCGCCCUGGCACAGCGAGAGCCUCGCCGCCGCGGCCUCCACCGGGCUCGUCUCCUGGGCGCUCACCGCCCUCGCCUUCGGCCUCGCGUGCAAGCAUAUCACUCUGGGGAACCGAGGAAGGCGCCUGAGGACGUUGGAGGCGUUCAUCACGAUCUCGACGCUGACGCAGCUGUUCUACCUGCUUCUGCUCCACGCCGGCGCCUUGAGCGGGGUGCUCGGAGUUGGACAGGCCUGCGGGAACCACGGCGAAACUUGCUGCCGCGAGAUCCCUCGGGGAGAGCUCGCCGCGGACCAUAAGACGGCGGGAGGGGCUCCGUCCCCGGAUGCAUGACCAAAACUACCGGAAACUUGAAUUGCACCGAGUACCAGCAACUGUAUCGAGUGCAGUUCAUCGGGCACUCGUAUGGUAAGCAAUUUACCAAGCGCAGGAUGACACCCUCGUGUAUUUCCGUAGGCACUUGGUAGACAAAUAACACUCAGGACAAUAGGGAUACAUGUUGUAGACGGAGAGAUUUGCAAUACAAUGAACAUUGUAUUGAUGGAGUGUUGUGCAUGUAUAUAUAAUACAGGGAGGGUCU